AUCAAAUCGAAUGUUAGAAAUUCGACUAAGUGCAAAGAAUAUUGGAGUAAUAAGUUAAAUAGCUUUAGUAUUUAAACUUGGGAAUACUUCUCUUAGAAACAAUUUGGUAUUACUAUGAAGGAUUCCCUUUGAACAAAUUGCUGGCGAUAUUAUCAUUCUUUACCAAUUUUACACAAUUUUCUGUAGUGAUCUAUCAAGUUUGGUCUAUAAUAGAAGGAUUCGUGUUGAAUCAGCAAUCUUUGCAUUUAAAAAGAUUCUAAACGUUUCUCUUCUAUGAAUGUUUUAUGGUAGCAAUAUCUUUCUGGUCAAUUUAUUUAAUACAGCCUAAUGCAGUGAUAUCCAAAAAGCAUCCAAUAUCAACUUACAUAUUGUUGACUUUUCAUGGAGGGAAUUUUCUGUACUUGUAAGAUAACAUAUUAAUAUUAGAUAUUUUAUAUCCAUCUACUCCUCUAGUAUACAAUACUCAGGGGAUGCGAAGAUAGUAACAAUAUCCGGAUGUUUGUAUGUAUUCUUUGUAUUGUUGAAUUACUUGGUUAAUGAGAGAGUGCCGUAUCCUUUUUUCAGACACAUGCAUCCUCUAUUAGCCAUAUUAAUAAUCACAUUAUUAGUCUUUACGUUGAGCAGUUUAUAUGUUUAUGUCUGCAAGAGAUAUUCUUAGAGGAAGAGUGUGGAAGAGGAAAACAAAAAUAAAUUUGAUUGAA